AUGGGGAGUCGGGCAAGUCAAGGCAACAGUUGCGGAAAAGUGGAACUGCUCCCAACAAUUUCAUGUGGCAUCAGAGGUCGGAGUGAGGAAAUGCACUCCUUGCAUAAAUCACUGGAGAGAAAGGGCGCAAUUGUUCAUUCGUCAUGGCUUGAGGCUCCACGAGAUGAUCAGGAAGUGAGAAAUGGUCUCGAAAGGCCCCCAUCAGACACGAAACUAGGUAUGUUUAGAAGGCAUCUACCAUUUUCCAGCCGUGGUAAGCGUCUCAGCUCCCAUGCCCCCAGAUGCCGCUCACUACCUCUUGUUUCUUCCUUGAAUGAGACAUGGCCGACUGAUGACCGUGGGGAAGAAUCCCGAUUUGUCCACAAAUGCUGA